AUGGCACAACUCAACUCCACCACAGUUACUUCUAACAUCUCCUCCUCUCCUGGAGAUUCACCUCAUCCUUCCUUGGACUCCAGCGGUUUGGUUCCUGCAUUGGUGAUGUCCAUCUGCUUUCUGCUGGGAUUCCCUGGAAACAUCGCUGUCAUCAUUGUCAAGCCAAACUGGGAGAACAUGUCCAGUCUGAGUCAGAGUUUGAUGCUGAGUCUGGCUGUGUCAGACCUGCUCUGCUUGGUUACCCUUCCACUGUGGAUUUACUCAUUCCUCUAUGGCUGGACCUUUAGGCUGGUGGGCUGCAAAAUCAUAACAUACUUUGUUUAUUGCAGUCUUUAUGCCAGUCUGCUGACUGUGACUGUGCUGAGUGUCCAGCGAUACCUUCAGGUCGUUCACCUGCAGAGGAGUUUAAAUCGGGUAAAAGCAAGGGUGCUGCUGGUUCCACUCUGGCUGGCUUCAAUGAUCCUGUCCACUCCUGCUUUAGUCUUUCGACAGUUAUCCGAAGAUCAGCGAUGGACAACAUGCAGUAAUCAAUACUCCGCCGAGGGCCAGAGGAUGGCUGUGGUGUUGACAGAGACUCUUGUAGGAUUUGUGUCGCUUUCUGUCAUUGUUUUUUCAUACAUCAAUCUGUACAGAAAAGUGAAUCAGGCAGCAUUUUUCAACAAUCCACAGACCACCAGACUGAUUACCAGCAUCACUGUGACCUUGGUUGUCCUGUGGAUGCCAUAUCUUGUCAUUAAUAUAAUUAGUGUGGCAGCGAUUUCCCUAAAGAACGAGGGCCUGGUGAAGUUUUCUCAUGACAUUAGGGACACUGUUGCAGCAAUAGUAUUUGUAAACAGUGCCCUGAAUCCACUUCUGUAUGCCUUUACUUCUAAUCGUUUGUCCAGCCUGUGCCACAAAUCUGCUCAACGUUUUAUACAGAAGUUCAGAAUUUCCCAAACUAUGUCCACAGCUCUCACUACUGAAGAAGCAACUCAAUGA